AUGGCGACGCUCACCAUGACCUCUACGCCGGUGCGACAGCCUUUUGCCAGCUUGGAUGCCCCGCGAAUGCGCUCCUUGCUGAAGACCAAGAUGAACGUCCAAAAUCAACAGAAUGGCGCCAUCAUGUCUGGCAAGCGUCAGCCGCUCUUCGACAUCGACUCCGAGAACAUCGAUCCUACCAGCCGUAAGCACUCGGCAAAGCGCAAGCGUGGUACUGAUGAAGACCACGAGCCCACCAAGGGCCUAUCGAAGCCGAUCAAGGCGUCGCGCAUGGCAUUGACCCCCGUCGUGUCUCCUGCACCUCUCAAGGAAACCCCAUCCACGCCCAAGUCCGCACCCGUGCCGAAGCCCGCGGGCCGCUCUCCGCAAGCUAGACCCUGCAAGCCAUUCGCUCGCCGCUCGACAAUUGCUAAAACUCGUCCAACUCCGGCCCCUAAAAAGAGCGUCCAUCGUCCAUUUUCUAUUGCCACUGCCUUGUCCAAUGGGAAGACUAAAAGCCCCGCCACUAAAAUUCCCGCGUCCUGGUCCUUCGACAUUUACGUGGACUCGCAGCAGGAGGAAAUGACCAACCUGAUGCAGCACUCGACUGGCGUGUUAGACAUAAGUGACGAUGAAGACAAGGUGGAGUCCGCCACUCGCGGCAAGGAGAACAUCCCCCCCUGCAGAUCUAGGCAUCAACUUGCCUCGUUCUCUCCAGCAGGAGUCCCCGAGUGCGGCUGCUCGGAAGUCGGUUAUGCUCGAGGAAUCGCGCGCUCCACUGGCAAGCUCUCCAGUGUGUCGUCGAUUUCCUCUCUCUUGGAAGCUACAGCACCUGCAAAGCCCAUGGAAGCCCGCACCACCGACGCGGAAGUCGAUAUCUGGGAAAGUGAAAGUGCCGCAGAAGAAGCCGCCGAGGUGGAGAAAGAUUCACUCGUGGAACCAGAAGUAGUCUCAGCUUGA